UAAGAUCUUGUUUGAACCAUUGUACAAGUGACAAUGACAAGUCACUAAUCAUUGAAGUUGAACCAAUCAAUUAAUGAAGCUUGCUUAUUAAAAUCGCAUUAAAACGUUGGGAUAGGAGUAUGAACACAGGUUUCGAGUAUAAGGUUAUUUUCCGAUGGUUGCUGAGUAACAUGCAGUCCAUUCAUCUACUCUUAUUUGGCAGUUACCUUUUCUGGAGUGUCCUCAGUGAACCCACAAUCGUUUACAAAUUGAAAAAUAUUGAGUGCUCAACAGUGCCCGGAUUUUCGGCGAACGCUUCGUGCCAUAUAAGAGCAGUAAACUGGAACAAGGCGGUGGCUAAAAUGGACGUCUAUCUGCUGAGGCCUUUGUACAAUAUAACAAUUCGGCUUCAGAUUCUCAAGAGAGACUACAGCAACCAGUUCCAGCCGUUUCUCGUGGACGUUCAAAUAAACAUGUGCGAUGCGCUAGGCAGGCGCAGCUUUAUUCCUUAUGGUUUGAUUAUUCUGAAAAUCACCAGGAUGUUCUCAAACUUCAAUCACUCCUGUCCAUAUUACGGCCAUUUGCUAGCACGUGACGCCUAUUUGAACGAAUCCUUCUUGCCCAACGUCUUCCCCCUGGGUUUCUACAAAUUAAACAUUACGAUUAUGGAAAACUACAAAACUCCGCCGAGCGCACACGUUGGGGGAUUCGUCUGGUACGUCCAGGUCAUGCAGGCUAUCCAGCCUAAGAAGAAGAAACCCAACCAAGACGUCUAGCCAGGAAAGAGCGCAGAA